UACGAGCGUGGAUCCAGCCGGUCCAGCCAGACCUAAUGCUACCUGAAAAACAUUCAACCACUGAUAUAAUUAGUGCAUUCAAUAUUUUACUGACGAUUUAAAUGGUCAUUUCUCUUCGUCCUUAGCUGUGACUGGGUAAAGAUUCUGUAUUAAAGCCAGAUCGGGAAACAAGACAUGCGGUCAUCAAACGGAAGGUUAAGUUAAAGUGUGCCAUGUCGUAUGCACGGUUGCAGUAUUAUCUGAGCAAAGGUACGUUCCUAACCUGCAAAGUGACAAACAGUUGUUUCCCAAAAAUAUUAUUUCGCUUGAAACACCAGGAGAAAAAAUUGAUAUUAAAAAUGAACGAGGCGUUCGUUCGUUACGACGAAGGAACCGACAACUUUGAUGUGACUUUUCGGUACGUUAACGCGGAAUAUAAUGUGAACAAGCAGUUCAAUUUCAACAGAAAAUCCGACUCCACGGUGUCAAAUUUUCUCUCAAGAGUCGACGCGAAUGUUAGCAAGGUUCUGAGCGCGAAGAAAAAGAAAAAGAAAAGAAAAUCGAAAGGUGAGGUUUUAGAGGAUGACCUUCCCGUCGCUGAGUGCAAAUCCGCUCUCCUAUCCCACGGUCUGCCUAUUGAAGGAGACGCACCCUGCAGAAGUGUUUUCACACCAAAUGCUGACGUUAGUCUAGUGCUACUGGGGAGUGUAUAUUCGGUCAAGUACAACGCUCCAUGGGUGAGCAACAUCGCAUUGCCAAAAUGCAUACUCGCCAGCUUUCCAACUUAUCCGUCAAAGUUCGAAACUUAUCACACUUCUCAAGUCGAGUCGGCAUUUACCUGGUACAGAAAUAACAAAUCGAAACCCAACGCCAAUGAGUGGCAAGAAGUCGCUCAGGGGUUCGUGUAUACUCCCAAAGUCGAAGAAAUUGGCUGCCUGCUGAAACUACAAUGCGUGCCCAAAAAAGCUGAUCAAAUAGGACCGACCGUCGAGGUCACAUCUCCGUCAACAAUUGAGGCUGGUCCAGGGUAUUGUCCGUUUGAAACAAGGCACUUGUUUACCAGGACAAAACUCUCUGGCAAUUGUUUCAGAAUAGUGUCAUACAACAUACUCGCAGACUUGUACACUGACUCUAGCUACUCAAGAGAGGAACUUUUUCCAUACUGCCCGCCAUACGCUCUAGAUAUUGACUACCGAAAAUAUCUUAUUCUCAAAGAGUUGAUAGGGUACAAUUCUGAUAUUAUCUGUCUCCAAGAGGUGGAUAGUAAAAUAUUUCAACAUGACUUACUUCCGACACUUUCAACUCUUGAUUACAACGGUGUUUUUAAUCGUAAGGGUGGGACUGUGAGUGAAGGGCUAUCGACUUUCUUCAACAUUCAUAGAUUCCAAAAACUGAACUUCGAAUCUGCUGUUCUUAGCCAAAAUGUAGAUUUACCAGGAUUCGAUCAGACUUGGAAGUCUAUAACGAACGAAAAGUUCAAGGAAAGAUUUUUGUGCAGAUCUACCGCUGUGCAAGCAACAACAUUACUGUCGCUCGACAAUCUUUCAGAAAUUCUUGUUGUUGGUAAUACACAUUUAUAUUUUCAUCCUGAUGCCGAUCACAUACGCUUAUUGCAAGGCUAUUAUGCCCUCCAUUACGUUCGUAAUGUUGCAAAUGAAGUGCAGAAAAAGUUCCCGGACCACAAUGUAAGUAUCGUGUUGUGUGGCGAUUUCAACAGUGUACCAGAAUGUGGUAUUUAUCAACUGAUGUGCAAAAAACAAGUACCUGAGGAUUGCAAAGACUGGAAUAGUAAUCCUGAAGAGGCAGUACAUUCUGUAUCACUAUCGCACGAUAUGUCGUUUGCUAGUGCAUGCGGUACACCAGAGUAUACCAACUUUACGAAAGGGUUUGCUGACUGUCUUGAUUACAUAUAUUAUCAGACGGACCGACUACAAGUUGAACAAGUUAUUCCAAUGCCGAGCACUGACGAGCUCACCGAAUACACAGCGUUACCAUCUGUCGUAUUUCCUAGUGACCAUAUUAGCAUCUGUGCAGAUCUCAAAUGGAAUAUAACUAGAUGAUAAUUAUUGUUAGUUUAGUAAAAUCUUUAAUAUUGAAUCAAUUUUCUUCAGCAAUUAAAACAUGCAUUUUCAUGAAUCUAAGUGGUUUUUUGAAGAAAAUAAAACAAAAAAUAUUUUCAUUCUUUCGAUUAAUUUGUCCAACAUAAUAUUACUGUGCGUACGAACAAUGGAAUGAAAAACUUGAAAAUUCUUACUGUUCAUUUUUCCCAAAACAGAUUAUUUCUCUAUUCGGUUAGUCAAAAGAUUGAAGGGAAGCGAUGAAGUAUUUUUUAAAAACUAUCUCUUGUUUGUAACGUUUUUAUUGCAGACCAGAGUAAAUACGCCAUGAAUUUACAUUAACUUAAUUUAUCAUAUUUGCGAAGUUACAUUCGUUAAGUUAUAUCUAUUACUAGUUUAAGUUAAUUUACAAAACUUAUAUACAGCUAUACCUCGUCAAUACGUUAAUCGAAGGUGUCUGCGGGUAUCGUACUUCCUCAAUAAGUAAUCGAAUAAUUCCACAAUGUCAUCAACUAUACAUUUCGAGGAAUUUUACCCAGAAAGCAAAAUUUUGAAGUAAAAAUUGAAUGAAAUAUGAGUUUUGAAUUUUAUAUUCUCAAGAGUCUGAAACCCAUCAAGAAUGAACCUCAAGUAAGUACAAAUAGAAAAUAACGAGUAAUGUUGUAGUUUGAAAGAAUCUCUUGGAACGCCAUCAAAAGUAAAAUUAGAUCUUAGUUACUCUGCUGCAAUUUUUUUUUAUGUGUAAAUUAACACUAGAUAACUAAACAAAUUGUUCCAGAAGGUUUUUACGUUGAAUUCGAACCCGCAAAACCCGAGAUUUGUACAAUAUUGAAUUAUAUAGAAAGAAUCAAGCACGUGUUUUACGAACGAAAUAUAGUAAUACAAAAUAUUCUGUAAUAAUUAGGUGAUGAUUUUCGUAUUGUAAAUUUGAACUAGGCACAUUUUUUAUACAAUUUUAUAAAUAGCGAUUGUUCAAAUGAAAUUACAGUAAACGAAAUGAUAAUUUACCAUCCUAUCUGGGGUGGGCUGACCAUCAGCGAUAAUGUUUUUACCGCUCUCACAAUGAAGGAAAACGAGGUUACACCAUUGAAAUCUAAUAUCAUCAAGUAUCGUGAAUAAUUAUCGCUUGUUGGUUACAAUUUCGAUUGCAGUAAAAAUAUAACAAAUAUAUAAUAACAUUGCAAUC